AUGGAGCCGUCACCGCUGACGCAGGACACGCGACCGGAAAUCUUCCAACCCAAGAUAAUCUCCCUCUACGAAACCCUCUUCAAAGAAGACGACGAAGAAGUCGAGCUAUCCGCCGGCUUCUGGCAAGAAUUCUUCCUCCACCGCCCCGACCCCACCGGCCUUCAGCGCAUACUCAGUUCGGUAACGCCGGACGAGAUGCUGCACCAGCAAGCGCAUAGCCAGCAACUCUUCGGGCAAGCCAUCCUCCGCGUCAAGCAAGCCAGCGCGCCCGCCGACGAAAUCGCCCUCGAGGUACCCAUGCCACCCACCCACGCACACACACCUUCUCUUCUCCAUGCGCUUACCGCUUAG